AUGCCGCUCGGGUGUUUCCCAGCACCGCCCCCUUUCUUGCCUGCACCCGGUGACCCGGCUGUACCUUGGCAGCAGUGGAAACGCGUGGCCAUUGGCGGCGAUGAACUGCAGCCGAAGCGUCGCAAGGCAAUUCUGCUCAACUCGCUCGGGGUUGAAGGCCAGCGAAUAUUCUACAGCAUCCUUGCACAAGGAGCAGACGUGACCGCGGACGCCAAGGCCGAGGACAAGGUGGACCAGUUCAAGGACGCGCUUGCUACACUGGAUACGCAUUUCGCAAGCGCUACGAAUGAUUUGGUGGAGCGGCGCCGGUUUCGCCAAAGAAGACAACUGCCUGGUGAGACCUUUCAAGCAUUUACAAACAGUCUUCGGGACCUUGCGUCUACUUGCAAUUUUGGCAGUGCUACCGAUAGCAUGAUUCGAGACCAAUUACUGGAAGGCACUUCGUCACGAACAACCCGUGAACGCAUGCUUUAUGAAGGGUCUUCGCUUACACUGCAGCGUGCUGUUGACAUCGGGAAGCAAAUUGAGCAAACGCAACAAGAGCUCGGGGAAUUCGCGCAUAGCACUGUGAACAAGAUUCAAGAUGUGCGAAAAAGGUCAGACUCUGAGCAAGGAAGUUGCUACAGGUGCGGCUCGUCAUCGCAUAUGGCUAACUCGACUGCAUGUCCGGCGAGGAACAAGCGUUGCCACUCUUGUGGAAAAAUUGGUCACUUUUCAAGCAUGUGCAAAUCGAAGAAAAAGAAAUAUGCCGUUCGAAAGCCCGAGAAAGCCAACGCCGUCACGGUACUUCAGAUCGGUGACCGUAAUGCGUCGGCGAAAGAUAUUCGAGCCAACAUUUCUAUCGGGAAGAUAAGAUUGUCGUUGAUUGUCGACACGGGCGCUACGGUUUCAUUGCUCAGUGAAGAGCACUACCACAAAUAUCUAGCCAACACCUACUCAUUGCGACCGCCGACUGCCAAUUUGUGUAACUAUUCCGGAGAACAAAUCAAGUUAAGCGGUUGCUUUCUUGCUGACGUAUCUUACAAGGGAAACAGAGCCAGUGUGCUCUUUCAUGUCACAACCAAGGGCACUUCGCUGCUGGGGCUUGAUGCCGUUCGGAGCCUGGGAAUCACUAUCAACGGCUCAACCUUGAAUUGCUGCCAGGUGACAUGCCCUGAUUCACUGCCUUCAGAAUUCACGCAAGAGUUUGCGCACUUGUUCACGGAACAGUUAGGGCAUGUGAAAGGCUUUGUUCACCAUGUUAAAUGCCGUUCAUCUGUGAAACCAGUCGUCGCGAAGCUCCGACGCCUGCCACUCACGCUACGGCAACAGGUAUCGGUAGAGAUACGACUGCUGGCCGAAGAUAUAAUUGAACCUGUCGACGCAUCGGAGUGGAUUUCACCGAUCGUCGUCGUUAGGAAGAAGGACGGUUCAAUUAGGUUGUGUGUGGACCUACGUGAAGUGAACAAGGCAGUAAUUGCCGAUGCUUUUCCUCUUCCGCAUACAGAGGAACUACUUCAUGAACUAGCUGGAGGAACGUGCUUCUCAAAGCUCGACUUAGCGUCGGCAUACCACCAGCUAGAACUGACUCCGGAAAGUCGGGGACUAACCACCUUUAUCACACACGAAGGAUUGUUUCGUUUUAAGAGAGUGUGUUUUGGCCUUGCAUCUGCCCCUUCAGCCUUUCAGAGAAUGAUGCAGCAUAUUUUGAAAAAUUGCAAAGGCGUACUUUGUUACAUUGAUGAUGUGAUUGUGUGGGGCAAGACACGUGAGGAGCACCACAAGAAUCUACACCAGGUGCUAAAACGCAUCAGUGAUUCAGGUUUAAAGCUCAACCAGAAAUGCACAUUUGCUGUUUCAGAACUAUCCUUUUUAGGGCAUACGGUGAGCUCAAAAGGGCUUACACCAUUGCAGUCUAAGGUUGACGCUAUUGUCAAAGUGCCUGCUCCUCACGAUGUUGCCACUUUGAGGUCAUUUUUGGGUCUCGCUGGUUACUAUGCUCGGUUUGUGCCGCGAUUUGCUGAUCUUGUCGAGCCACUUAGAAGGCUCCUGCGGUCUGGUCAACAGUUCACGUGGGAUGAUGAGGCUGAGCGUAGCUUCCAGCUUGUUAAGACAGCUUUGUCUUCAAGCCCAGUCAUACAAAUGUUUAACCCAGACCUUGAUGUAAUUGUUACGACAGAUGCUUCUGAUAAGGGACUGGGAGCCGUUCUUCAGCAACGCGAUGGUGACAGCGUACGCACGGUGGCCUUCGCAUCGCGUGCCCUGACUCCUGCUGAGCGGAAGUACUCCGCUGGGGAACGUGAGGCCCUUGCUUGUCUCUUCGCGUGCGAGCGCUGGCACGUCUACUUGUGGGGUAGAAAAUUUUUGUUGCGUACGGACCAUCAGGCACUAGUGACGUUACUUUCAGCUGCCGGUACAGGACGCCGACCUUUGCGUAUAUCCAGAUGGUCAGCUCGACUUUUGUAUUAUAACUUCGACAUAGAGUACCAUAAGGGAUCGCAAAAUAUCGUGGCAGAUGCGCUUUCACGCCUACCUCUUGACUGUGAUUCGCUGCAGACGAUGCAGGAAGAAAUUGUGUCCGUUGUAUCAGAGUGCCUAACAAAGGAACGGCUGCAGGUGGCCACUGCUGCAGACAGCACACUGCAACAGGUUGUUGUACACGUGGUACAUGGUUGGGCGCCUAGAAAAGCUUUGCCAGCAGAAAUAAUGCCGUACUUUAACGUGCGGGAAGAGCUUUCUUUCGUUGAUGGCCUUUUGAUGCGCGGCGAGCAGGUAGUUGUUCCGAGUGAAUUAACCUCGCUCCUUGUUGGUUUUGCGCACGAAGGUCACCCAGGAAUUGUGAGGACGAAGCAGAGACUACGUGAUCUUUACUGGUGGCCGCGUUUGAAUAAACAAGUAGAAGAAGCAAUCCAUUUUUGUCAUAUCUGCCAGGCCGCGGACAAGUCCGCUAAACCGUCGUUUGCACCGCUGCAGCCGGUGACGUUUACAGCGCUACCAUGGCAGAAGUUAGCAAUGGAUAUAGUGGGACCGAUUGACUGGGCCCCUUCAAACUGUAGGUACAUGAUAUCGCUGAUCGAUUAUCAUUCCAAGUGGCCUGAGGUUGCCUUUUCAUCUACAGUGACGUCACAGAGCGUGGUCGAUUUUUUGCAGACUGUGUUCAGCCGAGAAGGCUAUCCGGAAGAAAUUGUCACAGAUAAUGGGCCUCAGUUUAGAUCGCAAAUGUUCGAAACAUUCUUGAGAGAGAGGGGUAUUGUGCAUCGUUGUUCUUCUCUGUACUAUCCACAAGGAAACGGCGCGAUUGAACGCUUUAAUCGCGUGCUGAAAGAUUUCAUGCAGGUUGCCCGACUGGAACAACGGCCCCUCCAGGCUGCUGUGGUUGACUAUCUCGGCAUAUAUAGGUCGACGCCGCAUGCGACAACGGGUGUGUCGCCAGCCAAGUUGCUUCACGGGCGCCAGCCAAGGACAAGACUCAAUACAGUGGGUUUGCCGACAAGAGAGGGCGUCCAUGCCAGUUCGCAUAAGAAUGUUCCUGCUAGGGUUAAGGCGAAGCAGACGUAUGCAAAGCAGUAUACGGACAGGAGGCGAGGUGCGAAAAGACCAGCCUUUUGUGUAGGGGACUUCGUUCGUGUACGCAAGCCAGCAGGCGGUGGGAAAGCGUCGGUAAACUACAAGGGCCCCUUCAAGAUUGUCGGCAGAAAAGGCAAAAAUAGCUUUUUGAUGAGCGACGGUCGUUGCUGGAACGCGUCUAAACUAGUUCGGGUUCCCUGCAAUCAAUCGCAGACAACAGAACAAUGGGCAUGGGAAUUGCCUCACGACUACUCGGGUACCGCUGGGGCUGAAAGCCGCGCAGACGCUGAAUAUGGUGAACUGUUGCGAUCGCCGGAAACAAGGGCUGAAGUUAAUGAAGAAGUGGUCGCUCCUUUAGAGGAUUCGGCGGAGCAACCUUUGCGUCGCAGCACUAGGGUACGCCGACCUGUCGAAAGAUUUGGGUUUUCUUUACCUGAGCAAUAAGUGUUUAGUUCGUGUUAUUUUGGUUGUUGCAAAUUACUAUGUUGUAUUUCAAGCGGGAGGUGACGUUGUAUCCUUCUUUCUUGUUUCAGUUUCAUUUCUUUCAGUGUACAUAUCGUCAUCGUCAUUCAAUAUGAUUUCCUAUAUAAGU